AACUGCGACGAUUAAAACGCCAACAACAGUGCUUAACCAGAAGCCAUCGCCCAUGAUGGGAAUCUUCUCUUGUAAAGGUCCCAACCCUGAAGUCCCAGACAUUCUCAAGCCAGACGUAACAGCUCCAGGUGUGGACAUCCUUGCCGCAUGGUCAGAAGCAGCUGAUAAGCCACCUCUCAAGUAUAAGUUCGCCAGUGGAACUUCGAUCGCCAGUCCUCACGUUGCCGGAUUAAGCACACUGCUCAAAUCCAUGUACCCGGGUUGGAGUGCGGCAGCGAUCAAGUCUGCGAUCAUGACCACAGCUUACACGCAAGACCACACCGGGAAGCCAAUUCUGGACGGGGACUAUGACAUCGCUACUCCCUUCAACUAUGGAUCCGGACACAUCAACCCGGUUGCAGCAGCAGAUCCAGGGCUUGUUUAUGACGCAGGGGAGCAGGACUACGUUUCUUUCUUGUGCAACAUUGGCUUGUCUGCAAAACAGGUCGAACUUAUAACUGGGAAACCCGAGACAUGUCCUUCCAUCAGAGGCCGAGGCAACAACUUAAACUACCCCUCAGUGACGGUCACCAAUCUGGCAAGAGAAGCAACAGUGACGAGAACUCUCACCAGUGUCAGUGAUUCGCCAAGCACGUAUAGGAUUGGUAUAACUCCACCGAGUGGGAUCAGUGUUACUGCCAAUGCAACAAGCUUGACGUUCAGCAAGAAGGGGGAGCAAAAGACGUUCACGCUCAACUUCGUUGUGAACUAUGAUUUCCUGCCUAGACAGUACGUGUAUGGUGAGUAUGUGUGGUAUGACAACACACACACUGUUCGCAGCCCGAUUGUGGUCAAUGCGGUGAGUCGCCUUGCAAGUGGGGAAGGGAAUCUGGUUUAUGAGGUUUAAAGAGAAGACCUUUACUAAUUAUUUUUAAUUAUCUUU